AAGAUAUCAAAUAGAACCUAUUAUUUUAGUAACAUGACCUCUCACUUACCUUCCCCCCCCAGGAGCAUGACGACCGUGGAAGAAGAGAAGGAUAGCAAGAAGAAUAGUGUAAAGAUAGAGGAGGCCAAAGAAGAAGGGGAUGAUUCCGACGAUGAUUGUUACGAGAUCGAUCCCAUCGACUUCGCCCGCAUACUCACCUUGAAAGUCUCUGAUGAAGUUGUUCUUGUUUCUGAGAAGGAACCAGUUGCACUGAGGGACUUCCCCCAUCCAAGGCACCUGUGUGCGAAUUUCCCCUUCAACACUUCUCCCCAUGAGAGUUACUGCAGCCAGGAAAUCAGGCUAACUUGGGGAGGCAAUCUAAAUUCUAAACUUGCUGCACUUUUUAUGACAAUGAAUCAUCCAUUGAUAUCAUGUGUUUUUGUUACGUCUGCGAAGUAGCUGCUCCCUGUAAGCAGUGGGAAGGAACAGAUGGGCAUUGCAAUGUAUCGAAGAAGUAAUAAAGGAGAUUUUAGAAGACUUGGUAAGGACUUCCCGGAGAGGGCAGAAUUUUAAGUCUGCUGAUAUAUAGAACCCUUGCUCUGUUCCAAGAGGAUUUGUGGGAUAUCUUAAGAAAGUUAAAUGUUUUGGCGGUUUAUUGCUAAAGGCUCUUUCAUACCAGGAACUGAUAAAUACCAUCACGAGUUGAUGAGGAAUCAGUGGAAUUUAACUUCUUUCAAAUUAAUUAAGACAUAAACACGGGCAUAUCACAAGUA